ACUGUAAAAACUGUGAUUCGGGUUAAUUAGUAUCUAUUAGGAAAGUAAUAGUAACUAUUACUUAGUAAAAAUGUGUAUGUGUCGUUUUAAUUAAAUCUAAGCAAAAUUCAACGUGUUUCAGAUGUUCAGUUAUUUAAAUUUACACACUUUCGUUUGAGGUAAAUUAAGCAAUGGUUUGUUGAGUAGAUUUUAAAAAAAUGUAUGAGUACCUAGAAAAAUUAAGAAAUCUGAUAGAUUCAACUGAUGAAAGCAUUUUCAUUUUAAUCAUUGUACACUUCCGCCCAUAAUCCUUUGUGCCACGUGCAGGACACACAGCUUCAUGAGCGGACGUUCUCCAUUUUGUCAGAGGUAUUGGAAGAUCCCUCAACUUAAAUCCAGCUGAUCGGACCUGGCAAAUGGGAUGGCAGUGUAAGAUAUGCAAAUCUUUUUCUACUACAAAGGGGAAUCUACUACGUCAUUACAGAUUACAACACGCAACAUUUGGUCGUGGACAGCACCAGCCAUGUCUGUAUGGCAGUUGUCCUUGCACAUUUAAAACUCAAGGAGCCCUUCGCACACAUUUGUCCAGAUACCAUGCUGCUGAAGAGAGUCCAAGGCCUGGAGUGAUCACUGCAUUUAAGUGUUUGGCUUGCACUGCUUUUUGCUCUACUCAGAAGGACUAUUUUCAGCAUAUAGGAAAUCACUUGAAGAGACACGAAACUGUAUUUUGCGUUUUUAAUGGAUGUGACUUUCGCACAAAUAUAUACAAUACAUUUCUAAAGCACAAAGGCAGGAGACAUACAUCUUGUUCCUUAACUGAUUUUAAGAAAGAAGUCUUGGAAAGUCAUCCUAGUCAGAACACUGACCAUUCUGAUGUCCCUGAACUCAACAAUGAUGAAUGCUCUAGUGAUGUUGAUCCAGAAAGUGCAUCUUGUACUGUUCUUCAAGGACUUGGCUUACUUCUACUCAAGUUAGAAAGCACUUAUAAUGUUUCAGUGAGGUGCAUUGAUGCUUUGGUUGAAGAUCUUUUCUAUAUUUCUUCUUCAGCAUCUGUGGAGGCGGUUAAAAAUAUAAUUGAUUCAGCACUGAAAUCUAACAAAUGCACAGUUGACCACACUAUCAUAAAGGACUUGGCUGAACAGUUGUGCAGCUCUCAUCCCAUUAGCAGAGCUCUUGGAGCAGGUGGGCCACUUGGUUCAGCUUUUAAGAGAAAUAAGUAUUUUAAGAAGCAUUUCCAGUUUGUGGAUCCUAUUGAAUAUAUUCUUGAUGCUGAGCAAAAAAAGAGCUUUCAAUAUGUACCAGUUCUAAAGACCUUGCAAGUAGUACUAAAGAACAAAGAUAUUGCAGUGGAAGCCUUUUCGAGGUGCUCAAGUAGCACUGGGCAUUUUAAGUCCAUUUUUGAUGGUACGUGUUUUAAGGACAAUGACUUUUAUGCUGUAGAAGAAACAAGACUCUCUAUAAUAAUUUAUGUUGAUGAAUUUGAGGUGUGUAACCCAUUAGGAACCUCUCGGAAAAAACAUAAAAUAACUGCAGUUUAUUGGGUUUUGGCCAAUUUGCCAUUGAGAUUACAGUCUGCUUUAACAUCAAUACAACUAGCUUUACUUUGCAAAUCUGUUGAUGUGAAACAGUUUGAAUACAAAGUAGUAUUGGAUCCACUUUUGAAAGAUCUUGUCACUCUUGAACAGGAGGGGGUUUUUAUUUCAUGUUUAGGGAGAAAUAUUAAAGGCACCCUACACUGUGUUGUAGCCGAUAACCUUGGUGCUCAUGCAAUUAGUGGACUUGUUGAAAGUUUUAAUGGGCCAUAUGUUUGUAGAUUCUGCCUUGGACAUUCUUCAGAGUACCAGACAUAUGAAGUACGGUCUGGGGUCUUCCCACUUCGAAAAAAGGAUGACUAUGUUUUACACGUACAAGCUGUCAAAGAAAAUCCAAAUUUAGUGCCUCAUUUUGGCUUAAAGCGGUCAUGUCCAUUAACUGAUCAACUUAAUCAUUUUCACUUUGUGUCUGGAUACCCACCAGAUGUCCUUCAUGACCUUUUUGAGGGAAUAGUGCCAAGAGAGUUAGCAUUGUGUUUUCAAGUUUUUUUGAAGAAGCACUACUUCAGUUUGACUGAACUGAAUAAUAUAAUCACAUGUUUUCCAUAUAAGGGCUCAGACAAAUUGAACAGUCCACAAACAAUCCCUCCAAAUUUUGCUGGUCGCAAAACUAUAGGAGGAAAUGCUCAUGAAAACUGGGCCCUAAUACGUUUGUUGCCUCUCCUUGUUGGUUUACGUGUACCUGAAGGUGAUCCUGUUUGGCAACUUCUUCUGACUUUGAAGGACAUUGUUGAGUUAGUGGUUGCCCCUGUUCACACAACACAAAGCAUUGCCUACCUUGAAUUUAAAAUAUCUGAACAUCGUGUCAGAUAUUUGGAAGUUUUUCCUGAUCAAAGGCUGACACCAAAACACCAUUUUUUGGAGCAUUACCCUGCGUUAAUAGAAAAAUAUGGGCCAUUGGUUGGAGUAUGGACAAUGCGCUUUGAGGCGAAACACAGAUUUUUUAAGCAAGUUGUGAGACAUACUAACAAUUUCAAAAAUGUGUUGCUGACCCUUUCUACAAGACAUCAAAUGAUGAUGGCAUACCACAUGCAAUCAAAAGAGGUGAAACCUGCCCUGCUUGUCACAAAAAUAUCCAGAAUGCCUGUAGAUGUGCUGCAUCCAGACAUACAGGCAGAUUUAAGAGCAAGAUCACCAUCUCUGACUUGUGUGCAGCUUGCCACCACUGUCACCUACAGUGGAACAAGAUACACUGCUGGGAUGAUCCUGUCUAAUGGUUCAACAUGUGGACUACCAGACUUUGCUGAGAUAAUACAGAUAGUCGUUUUGGACAAUUCUGUAUAUUUCAUUGUGAAGUUACUUGCUGCAUGGUAUGUAGAACAUCUGAGAUCUUUUCAACUGGAGGACACUGGCAAGAUCAGUCUUUUGGAGCAGCAAAAACUUGGUGACAUGUGGCCCUUGGCUUCAUACAAUGUGGGAAGAAAACGCUUGGUAACCCUGAAACGUUACAUCUGCGCUGAAUAAUAGGUUGAACGAGAUGGAGGCAAAGCUUCGUGUAAUUAUUGAUGACCAAAUCGAGAAGUUGGUUCUUCCAUCAGGGAUCCCACCAACAGUGGAGGAGCUGCAGAGUGUUGUGAAGGAUACCUUUAAGAUUUCAAACGACUUCAGUCUUCAGUAUUUUGACCCAGAAUUUCAGGACUACUUCACUCUUCACAGAGCUGACCAGAUAAAAGACAGAUACACUGUGAAGGUUGUUGGCAUCACCCCGGUCAUCCUAAGCUUGACUCCGACUGAUGACAGUUUUGGGAGCACCUCUGGUCAACUGUCAACUGACUAUGACUCCUCAUAUUCUGAGUCAGUUGUAUCCAGUGCAGACUCUGCUGCAAACACAUCUUCUCAGGACACCAUUAUUCUCAAAAGCCAGAAGACCACAGAACGUUGUGAGCCCUGGCCGAAGCAGUUCCUCAUUCCACAGUUUGCAUAUGAAACUGAGAUGUACCUGGAAAGAGCCACUGAGGAGUAUAAAAAGAAUGGAAAUCUUCUGCCCACAUCCAAAGUAAAGACUGACAUUCUCGAGAAGUUGGCUGAAACUAUAUUUACAUUUACAGCCUAUCCUUCUAGUGCACAGGUUAGUUAUGUUGCUGAGGCACUUGUGAAAAAAUACCCUUGUCUCAAGGAACCCGGCUCUUUCUCAGGUUAUUACGGUUGGCAACAAAGCAUCAAAUACAAGAUGGCCAAUUAUCGUACAAAACUUAGAGGGUUUGGUGUUCCUGAGUUGACAUGCAAUGCCAUGAAACACAAGAGUCCAGGUGACCAGAAGUCUGCAAAGAAAGUAAAAAAGCCUCGGAAAGCAGAGGUAAAUUACCUUCCUCCAUAUCCAGCAGGUGAAGAUGAGGACAGUCAAGAAGAAGAGAGAAUCCAGUUGCUUACUGAAGUCAAGAAAAGAGACAACAACAAAGUGAUAAAAGAAAAAAUGGCAAAAACAUUUGCACAUAGACGACAUGAAAUCGUCAACCUGUCCCCCAGCAUUGAGGACAUCAAAGCCAGAUGGCCAGCUUUGUUUGAGGCAUCUCAUCUGCAGGAUGAGUUCUACAGGAUCACCCUGGUACACCUUGAAACCAAAUUCAUGUCCAUGUUGGAUGAAUACACUCCCAAACUGUUGGCCCUUUUCCAUUCCAAGGGGGGAGCCAUGGGAUUGAAGUUGCAGGCUAUCAUAGCCAAGUCACCAAGCAAUCCUAGCAAUAACAUAACCAGAAAUCUGGUCAUUCAGUGCUUGAUGGUGUACCUUGGGGAGUCCAUUGAUCAACUGAUCAAAGAGUACAGUGAUGCUGAUGGGGAUAGUGUGUCACAAGAUCUUUCUGAACAGAGGAUGAAAAUCUACAAAAUCAAGGCUGUUGGAUCUGAGGAGAAUGACAUUGGCAUUGUGCUGGAGGGUGUGAGAGUUAUGCCUGCUCUGGGUAAUUUUCCAAGAGCAUGUGCAAUGCUUGUUGGAUUGACAUAUGCAGUCGAUCUUGCCUAUCCCAAAGAGCUAAAAUACACCUUGGAAGUAUUCCAGAAACUUUUCCUUGAACUGGAUUGUGCUAAACUCUCACCAAAAGUGAACAGCCUCAAGAAUAAGUUAAUGGCUUAAACAAGGACUCUGAAAGAAUGAAAGGGAAGUAAGCUCACUGAAAACCUUUGGUUUGUCUUUGUUAGAUGCAGCUAUCUUUUCAGACCUGCAAUGUGUCAGGCUGUAUUUGUGCUCUUUAUUUUAAUGUUUGUUUUUUAUUACCUACAAGUUUCGUAGGAAUGUUCUGUUUGAAAGGCAACAAAUAGGAGGAAUCACUAGUGAAGCUUUCCUUUGUUUAUAGUGUAUGUUACUAUAAAACAUUAGUUUAAAACAACUUUAAAA